AUGGGAAGGCCUCCUUGCUGUGACAAAGUUGGCAUCAAGAAAGGUCCAUGGACACCUGAAGAAGAUAUCAUCCUUGUUUCUUACAUCCAAGAACAUGGUCCCGGAAAUUGGAGAUCCGUUCCUACUAAUACAGGGUUGUCAAGGUGCAGCAAAAGUUGCAGACUUAGAUGGACAAAUUAUCUAAGGCCAGGAAUCAAGAGAGGAAACUUCACUCCUCAUGAAGAAGGAAUGAUUAUUCAUUUGCAAGCUCUUCUUGGUAACAAAUGGGCAGCCAUAGCUUCAUACCUUCCACAGAGAACAGACAAUGAUAUAAAGAAUUAUUGGAACACACAUCUAAAGAAAAAGCUUAACAAAUUUCAAGCUGCAGCUUUAGAGUCAUCAAACUCAACAACUUAUGCAUCAAAAAGUUUUAGUGACAGAAGCAUAGAUAUUACCAACAACCAUGCUUCGUCGCUAAAGCUUAGUACUAAUAAUCAAAAUUCUCAUCAAUCUUCUUCAUCAACAUAUGCUUCAAGCACUGAGAAUAUUUCAAGGCUCUUAGAGGGUUGGAUGAGAUCUUCACCAAACUCACAACAACAGAUCAAAGGAAAUUACCAAUAUGGCCAUCAUCAAGAGUUUCAAAGCAAUGGUGAUGAUAAUGUUAUUAUUGAUGAUGAUAAUAAUAGCUUUGAAAAUAAUGGGAAUUUGUCAGUGAAGUCUGCUUCAGUUCCAGCUGAUUUAAACCUUCAAAACCAUCAUCAUCAGCAGCAGCAGAAAACUAGCAAAGAUGAAAUGGUUUCUCAUGAUCAAGAGUUUGAUUCUAUUCUUUCAUUUGAGAAUCUCAACAAUGGUGUUGCUUGGGACAAGUCAACUUGUGACUCCAUGCCUGCUGAAAAGUGUUCUUCUUCUUCUCAGAAGAGUAUCAAGAAUUUAUGCAACGCUCCUCCUCCAUUGUCAUUUCUUGAGAAGUGGUUAUUGGAUGAAAAUGUUGGUCAGGUUGAAGAAAUGAUGGAAUUAUCAUCACCAAUGUUCUAA